AUGUUGAUUCAGAGCAUGAUAAGGUUAAAUAAUAGGUUACAUUAUUUGAAUCCAAAAGUCUUUUGUACUGUUCAUACUGAAACAUGUCCAGAGAAUAAGAAAAAAUCGAUGCCAUGCGGAUCGCGUACGUCUAAUAAUGAACCAAGCUCUAAAGGACAACUUAAGCGCGCAAUCAAGUCUGGUAAAGUACGUUUGGGCUUCAUACCUGAGGAAUAUUUUGUAUUCUUUUAUCCCAAGACCGGUGUUACGGGGCCUUACCUUUUCGGUAUAAUGCUUGGAAACUACAUGUUAAGCAAAGAAAUUUAUGUGAUGGAACACGAUUAUUACAUAGGAUUAUCAAUUUUUGUCAUGACUUACUAUGGCACUACUAAAUUGGGUCCAGUAUUAGCAGCUAGUUUGGACAAGGAUGUGGAUGCAGUAGAGGAAAGUUUUAAGUCUAGAAGAAAAGAAGAAGAAGCGCAUUUUGAAAAUAUAAUAAAGGAAGCUAAAGACGCGCAGUUUAGAGCCAAGGGGCAAAACUUAUUAAUAGAAGCAAAAAAGGAGAACGUAGCAAUGCAACUAGAAGCCGUUUAUCGGGAGAGAUUAAUGCAUGUGUACAAAAGUUUAAAAGGACGUUUAGAUUAUCACGCGAAACGACAUCGAAUUGAGACUAAUAUUCACCAAAAGUGGAUGAUUACUUGGAUACUGGAGAAUGUUAAAAAAUCGAUAACACCUGAAAUUGAGCGGCAAGCUUUAGAUCAAGCCAUUGUGAGCCUUGCUUCUCUGGCAGAACGUGCACGUUAA